GCGAGCGAGAGCGAGCGCGAGCCAGGGGCGGAGGACGCCAGAAUUCGGAUCUUGCUGCUGUGUGGGCUCGGUUCGCUCUUUCCCCCCGCUAUCUCCCCCCUACAUUUGGUUCUUGGUUUGCACAUUUAAACCCCCCGACUCCGUCCUCUCCCCACCACUGGAAGUCUUCCCGGCUCUAAAUGGAAUUAGUGGAGAUCGGAGCCUCUGGUGUAACGAACAGACAUGAUCUAUGGACGCAGUUUGUUUCACAUUGUAGCAAGUUUAAUCAUCUUCCAUUUGUCUGGGGCAACCAAGAAAGGAACAGAAAAGCAAGCCACCUCGGAAACUCAGAAGUCAGUGCAGUGUGGAACUUGGACAAAACAUGCAGAGGGAGGUAUCUUUACCUCUCCCAACUACCCCAGCAAGUACCCUCCUGACAGAGAGUGCAUCUACAUCAUAGAAGCUGCCCCAAGACAAUGCAUUGAACUUUACUUUGAUGAAAAGUACUCUAUUGAACCGUCUUGGGAGUGCAAAUUUGAUCACAUUGAAGUUCGGGAUGGACCUUUUGGAUUUUCUCCAAUAAUUGGACGUUUUUGUGGACAACAAAAUCCACCUGUAAUAAAAUCCAGUGGAAGAUUUCUAUGGAUUAAAUUUUUUGCUGAUGGAGAGCUGGAAUCUAUGGGAUUUUCAGCUCGAUACAAUUUCACACCUGAUCCUGACUUUAAGGACCUUGGAGUUUUGAAACCAUUACCAGCAUGUGAGUUUGAGAUGGGCGGUCCUGAAGGAAUUGUGGAAUCUAUACAAAUUAUGAAAGAAGGCAAAGCUUCUGCUAGUGAGGCUGUGGAUUGCAAGUGGUACAUCCGGGCACCUCCACGAUCCAAGAUCUACUUACGCUUCUUGGACUAUGAGAUGCAGAAUUCAAACGAAUGCAAAAGGAACUUUGUGGCUGUGUAUGACGGCAGCAGCUCCGUGGGGGACCUGAAGGCCAAGUUCUGCAGCACCGUGGCCAAUGACGUCAUGCUCCGCACAGGUCUUGGCGUCAUCCGCAUGUGGGCCGAUGAGGGCAGUCGGAACAGCCGAUUUCAGAUGCUCUUCACAUCCUUCCAAGAACCUCCCUGUGAAGGCAAUACAUUCUUCUGCCACAGUAACAUGUGUAUUAACAAUACACUGGUCUGCAAUGGACUCCAGAACUGUGUGUAUCCUUGGGACGAGAAUCACUGUAAAGAGAAGAGGAAAACCAGCCUGUUGGACCAGCUCAGCAACACCAGCGGGACUGUCAUUGGCGUGACUUCCUGCAUUGUGAUCAUCCUUAUUAUCAUUUCUGUCAUUGUGCAGAUCAAACAGCCUCGUAAAAAAUAUGUCCAAAGGAAAUCGGACUUUGGCCAGACAGUUUUCCAGGAGGUGUUUGAACCUCCUCAUUAUGAGUUAUGUACUCUAAGAGGGACAGCAGCUACAGCUGACUUUGCAGAUGUGGCAGAUGACUUUGAAAACUACCAUAAACUGCGGAGAUCCUCUUCCAAAUGCGUUCACGACCAUCACUGUGGGUCACAAGUGUCCAGUACGAAAGGCAGCCGCAGUAACCUCAGCACAAGAGAUGCUUCUGUCUUGACAGAGAUGCCCCCGCAGCCCAUCAAACCCCUCAUCCCGCCCAUGAGCAGAAGAAACAUCCUCGUCAUGAAACACAACUACUCGCAAGAUGCUGCAGAUGCCUGUGACAUCGACGAGAUCGAGGAGGUGCCAACGACGAGUCACAGGCUGUCCCGCCAUGACAAAGCCGUCCAGCGGUUCUGCCUCAUUGGGUCUCUAAGCAAACAUGAAUCUGAAUACAACACAACUAGGGUCUAAAAAGAAAAUUCAAGCUAAACUCUUCAAAACACUUCAAGCCUAUCAACUAUUCUUGAAUUAGGUGAAUGCAUUUCCAUGCUCUAUAUUACCUUGAUAAAUUUGUGUAUUUGUAUGCAUUUUUCACUGGGAGAAAAUGUUUUAACUGUGUUUUAUUUUCAGAGAAGAACUAUUUAUACAAACAUGGGGACUGUGAAACGAAAAUUCUCUAGUGAAUUGUGAAAAGUGGACAUAUUUCUAAAUUCAUUCCACUGCCUUUAUCCAAACUUAAGAAUUAGAGACAUUUGUUAUUCCUUCGGCAAGACAUCCCCGCUGCACAAUGAUAUGUUCAUUUCAUAAUUUGGUUGCUGGUCACCAAGUGCUCCUUAGUUUUUAAAUACAUUUUGAGAUUUACUGGAAACUUGAAGAAGAAAUUAGUUCCUGAUUAAGACUAUCCCAAGUUUUCUUUUUACUGUUAGUUUCACUUUGUUUCUAUGUUGUUUUAAUGUCCUUGUUAUAUAAUUGUACGUUGUGUGACAUGUGAACAACACGAUUUUGGAUGAACUUUGUGUUACAUGUACAUUGUUUUCAUUAGAUAGACUGCUUGAGACUAGUGCGUCCCUGAGGGAUUUUGAACAUGCUCCAGUUAAGAAGUGAAAAUAUGGACCAUGGAAGCAUCAGCUAGAGGUUUUAUGGACUUUUAACAUCUAUUAUUGUAUUAUGAUUAAAGGCAGCCAAGAGUCAUGAGUAAAAAUACUAGAUUGCAAUAAGAAACAUCUGAUUUUUUUUUUAGUCUUUCCCAAAUAUCCCCAAUUUCUUUUUUGUUUUAUAUCAAAGGAAGAUACUAAGUUUCAGAAAGAGGUUUUGAAAUCAGGUAAUUUACCAUUCAGACCCAUCAGUAGAAAUGUUUUUUGAUUAAGCACUUAGCAAUAUGACUGAAUUGACAGUUUGAGAAAAUACCCUGCAUGUCAGUACUGGAUAUUUGAGUUGGAAAAAUAUCCUUUUUAUUAGACACAUUGUAAAAAGCAUGCAUUCUCGAAUAUUGCUGUUACGCUUCCAUUUCUUUGUGUCAUACGCUUGCUACUUGUAACUUUUUAUAUAAAGAUAUAUAAAAAUGUAUAAUAAUUUCCUAACGAGUUAAGAAAAAUGUUUUCUUCUAUUAGAGUGAUAAAAAAUUGACUUACAUAAGUGCACACUUUAUAUCAACUCUUUCUACCUGUUAGGCUCUAGGAUGUCUUUUAGUAUUGAGGCUUACUUCUCUAAAUUUGAUCUCUCAAAUUUUAUGGACUAUGUUCUCCUUUUAGAAUAGGACAAUCUUUUUAAAUGCUUUAAAAUCACAGGCCCUUUUAUGAACCAAAUUAUGCCAUUCUGAGUUGUUCUCCUACUCAGGCACACAUAUAAUACCCAAAAGCUUACUAAUCAUGAUGUGUUUAAUAUAAAUAAAGCAAAAUCAUAUAAUAUAUUUAAUUGCUGUUGAAUCAUAUACACACUCUCUAAAGUUUGAUUUAAUAAAUGGGUACUUUUUAAAUAUUCAAUGUGUAUUCCUAGAAAAUAAAUUUUAAAAGUCAGAAUUACUGUAAAUCCACUUACCAACAU